GAAAACAAAAGCUAAGUCAGAAAGUGGGAGACGAAAUUGAGAGGGGGAGAUGUAGGUCUUAUGAGAAGUGAGAACUCAUCAUUUCCAAUAGAAGCCUGCAACAAACAAACUUCAGACAGCGAAAUCAGCGUCUGAUUUGCUAUUCAUUAGCAGUGAUAUUUUAUUGCCAGGAAUCCAGCAACAUAAAGAAGAGAUUAUUGAAAAGAUACUGUACAACUGUUGUCUCUCCUUCCUGUCUCAAAAAUGGUGAAUGUCCUUAAGGGAGUCCUUAUUGAAUGAUACAGUAUGUCAGUGGCUACAUAUUGCCUCAUUUGUUGUAGAAAAAUAAGUACCUCUGGCACUUCAAGAAAAGAACAAAACUGGAAGGAUAUAAGAAAUAUUGCAAAGUUUACAGGAUCACUUAUCUUAGGUGGGUGCCUGCUUAUCACAUAUGAGCUGCUGUCUUUGAAGAAAGCCAUUACGAUUGACACACGAGCAGUAGAGCAGGAAAAGCGACGUUCGUAUAUUUAUGUCCAUACAACUCCUGUGGAGCAAAGUGAGUUUCAAGGUAUAGCAAAUAAAUUGAGAAAAGAGCUUCAUAGAGGAGUCAGAAAAGCUCUGGAGGCUUCAAGCAAACUUUUCGGGAAACCACUUGAUGGAGAAUCCAACAGUAAGACUCAUUUUGAUGAUCAUGAUUGGGCCCUGUGGUUACUAUUAAAGAAAACACAGUCAUUGGAUAGAAUGGUCCGUUUGGAAGCUGUCCAGAAAAUGGCUAAGAUCCACCAUUGGCAAGAUUAUCAGUACAGGACUGUAGCACAAGCAUGUGAUAAAAGAACUGCCAUUGGUUUGGCACGUUGCAAGGAUGUAGAUCUACGGUUUUUCCUUCCACCUCCCACAUUGCCAAAAACAAAUGAGACUUAUUCCUUGGAAGAUGAGCUUCGCCUUUUGCUUUCUUCACUGCCUCAAACUGAUCUCGAUCAAUGUAUAAAAUAUUUCACGUCUUUAGCACUGAGAGAGAGCAGACAGUCACUAGCAGCACAAAGAAGGGGAUUAUGGUGCUUUGGAGGGAAUGCACUUCCUUAUGCUGAAAGUCUGAGUUCAGUUCCAUCAGAGAAACUUGAAAUCUUCAGUUUGCAGGCCUUAUUAAAGCAUUCUAAGAUUCCUGAUCACAUUGACAAAAUAGUAUCGAAUGGAGGGCUGCAGCUGCUUCAGAGGAUAUACUUGCUCCGGAACGAUUCUCAGAAAAUACAAAGAAGUAUAGUCCGAAUCAUUGGGAACAUGGCCUUGCAUGAACAUCUUCACUCAGACAUAGUGAACUCAGGUUGGAUCUCUAUAUUGGCUGAAGCCAUGAAGUCACCCUAUAUUAUUCAGUCAUCUCAUGCAGCCCGAGCCCUUGCUAACCUGGAUAGAGAUGCAGUUUGUGAAAAAUAUCCUGAUGGUAUUUAUAUAUUACACCCGCAACAUCGAACUUGCCAGCCUAUUAAGGCGGAUGUGUUGUUUAUUCAUGGGCUUCUGGGCGCAGCAUUUAAAACUUGGCGCCAGCAAGACAGAAAUCACCCUCUUGAUGAAAGCACCACACAAGAAGAAGACUACACUGAAUGCUGGCCAAAGGCUUGGCUUGCAUCAGAUUGUCCUGCAUUAAGAAUUAUUUCAGUGGAAUAUGACACUCACCUCAGUGACUGGAAAGCCAAAUGUCCAGCAGACCGUCAAAGAAAAUCAAUGGUUUAUAGAAGCAAUGAGAUUCUUAAUAAUCUAAAGGCUGCUGGUGUGGGGGAACGGCCGAUUAUAUGGGUUGCACAUAGCAUGGGAGGACUGCUGGUUAAAAAGAUGUUGCUAAAUGCUUCACUGGACCAAAAUAUGCACAGUUUUGUGAAGAACACAAGAGGAAUCGCAUUCUACAGUGUACCACAUCAUGGCUCUCAUCUUGCAGAAUACUCUGUCAACGCCAGGCUUCUUCUGUUUCCAUCUAUAGAAGUCAAGGAACUUAGCACCGACUCACCUGCUUUGAAAGAACUAAAUGAUGCGUUUCUACAACUUGUAAAAGAAAAAGACUUCAAAAUUUUAAGCUUCGCAGAAACUAUGCCAACACAUGUAGGUAGCAUGAUGAAAUUACAUGUGGUACCUGUAGAAUCCGCAAAUUUGGGCAUUGGGGAUCUUAUUCCUGUGGAAGUAAAUCAUCUCAACAUUUGCAAGCCAAACAGCAAGGACUCCUUUAUCUACCAGCGCACUUUACAGUUUAUCAGAGAUGCUUUGUCAGCUGACUGUGGAAAGCAGUGAGAGCAGCUACUGUAAUACUUAUGCUUUGCUUAGCAAUAUGUUCAGUAUUCCACUAUAUACAAUCUACUUGACUAGUGCAGUUAUUUGAAAACUACCUCUGCUUCUAAACAAAAAAAAUCCAAGUAAAAGGAUAGAUGCCAACAUUUCUGUUUGUGCUAGCUGUAAUAUUACAUAGCAUAAUUUUUUUAGGUGUCUUCCAUAGCUCAGUGUGGUAGGUUGUUCUUUAUGUGGUGUCUAAUUGCAAUCACUUACCACACUUUUAUAUUAAAUAAUUAAAUAUAUAUUGUAUCACUAAUCCACUGCAUCUAAAAGAGAGUAUUUUAAAAUGUAUUGCAGAUUUUGGUUUCUGGAAAAAAUUUAUGUUCCUGUCCUGAAUAAAACAUUGGUUAUUUUUUGUUUGUGAAGGCAUAAGACUGUUCACCAAUAGAGAAAUUUGCAUUGCAACUAUCAUCCAGUGAGCAAUUUACACUAGGGAUCUGUUUUUGUCCAAAAAAUGUAUUUCCUAUUGGUUUCAAAAUCAUUUAUAUUUUUUUAUUAAAUAAUGCAUUUCCUCAUAAUAAUUUUAAAUUAACAAAGCUCACAUUGGUUUUAAGUCCAGUUACCUUGCCCCCCAUUAUAGAUAUUUAUAUUGUCGCAGUGGAAAAGUAAAUACCUGGACUAGUUACACUUAUUUUUUUGAAAAAGAAAAAGAAAUACUAGUCUUUAAUUAUGUUUGUGUAUAUGAUGCUAUGGAGGAAAUAAAAAAGUAAAAUUUUAAAGUUUACACUAUUAAUUUAUACUGUAAUACAUUGAAAUUAGCAAAGCAUGCAGCCAGCACUAUGCCACUGUUACCAGCUAGAUUAAUGGCAAUGCCAGCCUGUUUAUUUAGAAGCAAUAGUGUGCUUGUAACCAGUUGUAUGUUUGGUUAUGGUUCUGUUUUACCAUUUAUUGUACAUUUUUUACAGUUAAUGCUCACUUUGAUGCACCAAUAAGCCAUAUACUGUAUAUAUUAAGUCAUUUGAAUGGCUAAUUGUAACUAAGAUCAAGGGUAUGGAGAGUUAUUGCUUCAUAGCAUUGCUGUUAUAUGAUAUUUUAUUAAAAAGUAUUUAGUAAUAAUUCAUGUUUUUACAUGUUUCUCUUUUAAAGUACAGUGAAACAGCAUGCUUAUAAAACAUUGUAAAUAAAUGGACUUUGGUGAAAUAUAUGAAUAAUAAUUAAAUUUCGUAAUUCAAACCUGUCAA